AUGGCAACGAUGAAUUUCUUUAUCGCUUUCAUUGUUUCUUUCUUUUCCUCUUCUAUUCUCCUUGUCUUUCACGUUUCUUUCCUUUUUUUUUUUUUCGUUUCUUUCUUUUUUCUUUCUUUUUCUCUUCUUUGUCUUUCUUUCUAUUUUCACUUCAUUUUCUUUCAUUCUUUUCUUUCUCUUUUUUCCUUUCUUCCUCUUUUCUUCCUUCUAUUCUUUUUCUCUCUUCUUUCUUCCUUCUCUUUCUUUUUUUACGUUUCUUUUUUUUUCUGCUCUCCUUUCCCCGACUUUCUUCUCUUUCACGAUUAUUUUUCCAUUUUUUCUUUCUCACUUUCUCUCUUCUUUUUAUUUUCUUCCUUUUCUUCUUUCUUUCUUUUUUUCUUUUCCUUUCUUUUUAACUCUGUCCCUUCUCUUUUCUCUAAUUCUCUCUCUCUCUUCUUUCUUUCUUUCUUUCUUUCUUUUUUUUUCUUCCUCCCGCUUUCUACUUUCUUUCUUUUCCUUUCUUUCUUCCUUUUUCUCUCUUGUUCAAUUUCCCGCUUUCGUUUUCAUCUUUUCCCCCUUUCACUUUCUCUCUUCCUUUUCCCUUUCUCUUCUUCCUUUAGAACCUUCUCGGUACAUUUUUCUCUCUUUUUCUCUCUUCAUUUUCUCCUUGCUGCUUCACUUGUUCCCUUCUCUCUCUCUCUCUCUCUUUCCCUCUCUCUUUCCCCCUCUCUCUUCCCCCUCUCUCUUUUUCCCUCUCUCUCCCCCUCUCUCUUACCCCUCUCUCUCUUUCCCUCUCUCUCUCUUUCCCCCUCUCUCUUUGAAUUUUCAUGUUCAAUUCGUCUCUCUCAUAAUACAUAUGUUGUAGGCAUUUCUUUCUCCAUUCAUAUUCAUUUGAUUCAUUUCUUUUUCUGUUCACAACCUUUCUAUUCACUACUCUCUCCGCUUAUAACUGUUCUAUUCACUUCUCACUCCAUUCGUAACCGUUCUAUUCACUUCUCUCUUCGUUCACAACCAUUCUAUUCACUUCACUUUCCGUUCAUCUCCCCGUUCUAUUCACUUCCCUUUCUGUUCAUAGCUGUUCUAUUCAGUUCUCUCUCUGUUCAUAACCGUUCUAUACAUUUCUCUCUGUCUAUAGCUCCCUUCUAUUCACUUCUCUCUCCGUUGAUAGCCCUUCUAUUCACUUCUCUCUCUGUUCAUACCCAUUCUAUUCACUUCUCUCUCCGUUCAUACCCAUUCUAUUCACUUCUCUCUCCGUUCAUACCCAUUCUAUUCACUUCUCUCUCCGUUCAUAGCCGUUCUAUUCACUUCUCUCUCCCCGUUCUAUUCACUUCUCUCUCCGUUCAUAGCCAUUCUAUUCACUUCUCUCUCUGUUCAUACCCAUUCUAUUCACUUCUCUCUCCGUUCAUAGCCAUUCUAUUCACUUUUCUCUCCCCAUUCUAUUCACUUCACUUUCCGUUCAUCUCCGUUCUAUUCACUUCUCUCUCCUUUCAGAACUGUUCUAUUCAUUUCUCACUCUAUUCAUAUCUGCUCUAUCCACUUCUUACUCCAUUGAUAACCGUUCUAUACACUUCUCGUCGUUCACAGCCGUUCUAUACAAUUCUCUUCUUAUUCAUAGCCGUUCUAUUCACUUCUCUCUCUGUUCAUAACCGUUCUAUAUACUUCUCUCUGUCUAUAGCUGUUCUUCAAUUCCUUCUCCAUUCAUUUUCAUUUUAUUCACUUCUCUCUCCGUUCAUAGCCGUUCUAUUCACUUCUCUCUCUCCCUUCCAUUCACUUCUCUCUCCGUUCAUAGCCGUUCUAUUCACUUCUCUCUCUGUUCAUAGCCAUUCUAUUCACUUCUCUCUCCGUUCAUACCCAUUCUAUUCACUUCUCUCUCCGUUCAUAGCCGUUCUAUUCACUUCUCUCUCUGUUCAUAGCCCUUCUAUUCACUUCUCUCUGUUCAUGGCAGUUCUAUUCACGUCUCUCUCUCUCUCUCUCUCUCUCUCUAGCCAUUCUAUUCACUUCUCUCUCAUCAUAUCUUUUUUAUUACUAUCUUUUUCAUUUCUUUUAUUUCACCCUCCGGUCAUAAACGAUUUAUUUCUAUCUAACAUCAAACCUGUUUUUCUCUAUCGAGCCACCGGCAUUUAA